CCAGAUGAGCAGUAAAUGAGAGAAGCCCCAGACGGCUGAUGUCUGUCAAGCUUGUUUCCACAGUCUCGCGAUACAGGCAGCCGGCUGGAGCUGCGAGAUCUGGGGCUCAGGUGUAAGAGAGCAUCUCUUCUCAGCACUGGGACAGAACAGAGACAUAAGUGAGACCGAGAGGCUGGAGGGAGGCAUUCUGUGUGGCCACCAGGACAUUCCCCAGCAAUAGCAGCAGCAGCAGCAGGAGGAGGAGGAGGAAAGCUAGAGGCUCCAUCCCAAGCAAAGGAAAACACUUCACUUUUUGCUCUUCCCAGUUCCCAUUACGAGUGCUCUUGGAUUCCAUGCAAUUCUUUCAAGAUGAUGUCAAUGAACAGCAAGCAGCCUCAUUUUGCCAUGCACCCGAGCUUACCUGAGCACAAGUACACCUCUCUGCACUCCAGCUCGGAGGCAAUAAGGAGAGCAUGCCUACCCAACCCACAGAUGCAGGGCAAUAUCUUCGCCAGUCUGGAUGAGACCCUGUUGGCCCGAGCCGAAGCACUUGCUGCCGUUGACAUCGCCGUGUCCCAGGGCAAGAGCCAUCCGUUCAAGCCAGAUGCCACGUACCACACUAUGAACAGCGUGCCAUGCUCCUCCAACACCACCGUGCCACUCGGACAUCACCAUCACCACCAUCAUCACCACCAUCAUCAGGCGCUGGAGCCCGGGGACCUCCUGGAACACGUCACCUCCCCGUCCCUCGCACUGAUGGCCAGUACCGGACACGAAGGAGUCGGUGGUGGCGGAGGAGGUGGAGGCGGUGGUGGAGGUGGUGGCGGAGGCUUGAUCUCUACCUCGGCCCAUCAGCACAGCCACAUGCACGGCCUGAGUCACCUGUCCCACCAGGCGGCCAUGAACAUGACCUCUGCCCUUCAGCACCCUGGACUGGUCGCCUCUCAUCACUGCUCUGGGGGGCAGGUGGCCUCAGCUGUGGGGGCAGCGGCUGGCUUGGCGUCUAUCUGCGACUCAGAGACCGACCCUCGCGAGCUGGAAGCUUUCGCUGAGCGAUUCAAGCAGAGGAGGAUCAAGCUAGGGGUGACCCAAGCCGAUGUGGGCUCAGCCUUGGCCAACCUGAAGAUCCCCGGGGUGGGCUCCCUCAGCCAGAGCACCAUCUGCAGGUUUGAAUCCCUCACCCUGUCGCACAAUAACAUGAUCGCCCUUAAGCCCAUCCUGCAAGCCUGGCUAGAGGAAGCCGAGGGGGCUCAGAGGGAAAAACUCAACAAACCCGAACUUUUCAAUGGGGGGGAAAAGAAACGCAAGAGGACUUCCAUCGCUGCCCCAGAGAAGAGGUCCCUGGAGGCUUAUUUCGCUGUCCAGCCGCGACCUUCCUCGGAGAAAAUCGCUGCGAUAGCCGAGAAACUGGACCUCAAAAAGAACGUGGUGCGGGUCUGGUUCUGCAAUCAGAGACAAAAGCAGAAAAGAAUGAAAUUUUCUGCCACUUACUAGCCACGCACAUCCUUCACUGGUUUCCAAGAAAUUAUUUAUGUAUUUAUUUAUUUAUUCCUUACUUUUUUUCAUAGUUACUAAACCUGCCACCACUCAGCUACUGUUCACCUACCACUGCCAGCACUUAGGCUCUCGGGAGGUGCUGGGAGUCGUAGCGAAGUAAGUGCUGGAGGGCCGCAGUUUGAACUCUUCUGCCUUACUUUAUCCCCUUUACUUCAUUUAUUGCUCCUUUCGUUUUGCCACUGGAGGGGGAGGGGGGCUUUGCCCUUGUGGUGGACUCCAAACUUGAAAUGAACUCUAAAGAGAAGAAAUCAAAUUAAUAAAAAAUGCUAACAUUUUAAUAACUAUUUAUUGUCGGGACCAAUGGACAUAAAACAAACCCCAUAUUGACUGGAUCUGCAGAAAUCAAAUUCUCUUCUUAAAAUUUAACACCACAGUAUAAAACAGAACAAAAAAAAUGGAAAUAUAAACAUGCUAUGGACAAAGCAAUCCUUAGAAAUUCAUCGCAUUGGAACCCUAGCGGGGGAAAGUGUCGGUGGAGAUAAUGUGAAAUGAUCAGUAUUUUUAUCUGAAGUUCAGUGUUAUUUGCUCUGUGCUCCCCCCAUGCCUCCCCUUGUCCCGAGUGCCUGUGACUCACUGUGAGCUGGAGACCUUGCGGCUGUCACACAGUAGCUGCAAUCUGCGAUUUCACAUCAAUCAAUCUCACAUCAAUCUGUAAAAAGUUAUAUAAAAAAAAAAGAUUAAUUUUCCUAUUUCUAUACAUGUUUCUUUUUCUCCACAUUAACUCCUCUUUUAGAAAAACCGCCCCUACAUCGACCUCUUAAUACGAAUCCUAUAAAAAAUAAUGCUCAAACUCCCCUCCCUAGAGACGAUUAGCUGAGAGAGGUGAGAAAUUCGCGUUACGUUAGUGUUAAUAAUGUAUCGCCACCGUCCACCGAGAAAAACAUUUAUUAAAUCUAAAGGGCCCUGCUCGAUCAAUCCCUUCCAUUAAGUGAAAUUGAACGACUGGGUGCAAUUCGUUGAGAUUGUCAGAAGCAGAGAGCCUCAAUAUUCAGUAAAUUGUCGCAAACAUGAUGUAGUUAAUAAAAUCCGUACAGUACGACUGUACAGGUUAUACUCAUCUUAAUAUACAGGUCAAUAUACUGAUAACGAGCACAACUUACACGGGGGUUGUUAUGGGCGGAAGUUGAUUUGAUUCCUGCUCCUUGUUUGCAGAGCUGACAUUCUAUGCAUUGAGCCCGGGUACUACAUACAUAGACUGGUUUCUGGUAGAUUUUGUGCGUACUGUGACUUCACUGGUGCUUGGCUCUAUUCACGCUCACACGUUGUUCAUUUCACCACUUAUCUCGUGUGCAAAGGAGAACAACUACUGUAAAUACUUCCAUAUGUGCACAAGCAAAAUGAUGGUUACAAAAAAAAUGAUUUCGGUAUUUUCCCCAAAUCAUCUGAACUGUUUGCGUUAAUUUUUUUUAGACUGGUGAGACUACAAGUUCUGGCCCAGGAGUCGGUACCGGCAGUGCAACACACCCACACACUAACAACCUAACAAACACAAGCCUUAAAGAAAUAUUCAUUUUGUGUUGAUGUACUAAGUGAUAGCCUACUCGUAUCACUUACAACUUUUCGUGACCCCUAACCCCUCUGGCUGUCAGCAGCAGCACAUUAUUGACAUGUAAGUCCUUGGCACACACACUGGGUGAGGUCACACAGAUCUGACUCAGAAAUGAGUUUUUUUUUUUACAGUAAAUUAUGUUCCAAGCACAUGUAAUUAUUUGUAUUUGGAGAUAUGUGUCAACUCAUGGUUCUUUUACAUCACGUAAAAAAAAGUCACGUUGCAGUUCUUGUUGCACGUUUAUUAUGUGCUGUGAAAAUGCUUUCACUUUCCACUGCUUCAAAUGAUCAGAGAAAUACACUGAUUUGAUCAAGAAAUAUACGCAAAGAAUGCCAAAUCUGUAUUAAAAAGUGACCAAUUGCAACAGCAGU